AAAAUUAAAUUUUAAAAAUAAUUAAAAAAAAAAAAAAAAAUGCCUAAAAAUAAAAGUAGAGGUGGCAAAAAUUACAGAAGAGGUAAAAAUGAGAGUGAAACAAAAAGAGAAUUAGUAUUCAAAGAAGAAGAUAUGGAAUACGCUUAAGUAACCAAAAUUUUAGGAAAUGGUCGUUUAGAAUUAUAUUGUUUUGACGGAAAAAAAAGAAUAGGUCAUAUAUGUGGAAGAAUGAAAAAAAAAGUCUGGAUUUAAAUGGACGAUAUUGUUUUGGCAGGUCUAAGAGAUUUUUAAGAUGAAAAAUGCGAUAUUAUAUUGAAAUAUUUACCCGAUGAAAUCCGUGCAUUAAAAUAAUAUGGUGAAAUUCCCGAAAAUAUUAAAGUAAAUGAAAAAGGAGGUGAUAAUGGAGAAGUUGUUUUUGAAGACUCAGAUGAUUAAGAUAGUGAAGAAGAUUAAGACGAAAAACCUGUCCAAACUAAAGUAAAAAAAUAAGUAGUAGCUGUAAGCAGCUCUUCAGAAGAAGAAGAAGAUGCAUAAAAGAAAGACAUUACAGAUAAAGAUAUUGAUGAUAUUUGAACAAACAUUUAUUUAUAUGCAAUUUUUGUUUUUUCUUCUUUUAGAAUUUAUAAUAUUUUAUUUUAUUUUUGGCUUUAUUUUAUAUUAAUUUUGUUUUUUUUAACUUUAGUUGUUUGUCA